AAUUUUCGACCUGUGAUCAGCUGAGCUAUGUGAGGUUUUCUUUACUGAAGCCCACACAAUGUCCCUGACCGGAGAGGUGCAGUGUUGUGGCGGUACCGAGUAUCUGCAGGCACAGGACGAGCUGUCGCCUUUAAUUGGUCCAGACGACGCUUCUUCCGACAAUAAGACGCCGAUAUCUGAUGCAGCUCUUGUGGGCCAGCAGGAAUCACCUACAUGCUCUGCGGUGUCAGACUCUUCCGUGGGCUCUCCCAGUGCCGGGUAUUCCAUUAGCCCUCCACAGACUCCAGAUUCGCCUGAUGAGACGUUGGCCGCUGGGCUGUUCAAACGGGUGCGGGCCCUGGAGAAUGAGCUGAGAAGCUGUCGCCGGGAACUGCACAGGAUACAAAGAGAGCUGAACCGCAGCAAGAAGUUGCACCAGAGCUCAGAGGCCCGGAACUUGGAGCUUCGUACGCAGGUGGAAGAAUUGAGCAUAAAAAUUAAUGAAAGCAAUACAACCAAACUAGACAAGACAGACCAGGAAGCACAGACAGAUGAUUAUCCUGCUUGGUCUUAUGCAGACUACUAUUACUAUGCUGCCCAUCAGACUCCAUAUAGUACCAAUGCUCAUGAAGCUCCUGCGCAGGAGGAUGGAAGUAAUUGUGGUCCAGACUCCAGUAUACAGUCAGCCAUUAGCAAUCCAUGUGCAGAAGACAAUUUAGCAGAGUAUACACAAGAAAUUCAGGUAGAGGAGGGCACAUCUCUAGCUGACAGCUUAAGAGCAACUGCAGAAGCUGCAGUGUCACAGACAGGAUUUACAUAUGAUGAAAGCUCUGGAAUGUAUUAUGAUCACAGCACUGGAUUUUAUUAUGACUCGGAAAACCAGCUACAUUAUGACCCCACUACUGGUAUAUAUUAUUACUGUGAUGUGGAAAGUGGCCGCUACCAGUUUCAUUCGAGAGUGGACCUUCAGUCUUACAAUGGGACAGACCCACAGCCAUUGAAGUCAAAAAGGGGGAGGAAGAAAAACCGUGAGCAAUUAUGCAGCUCUGUCAGUGAAGACAAGGAUUUAGAGAAUGUGAGAGCGCAGAACACUGCUACUUCUUGUAGUACAGCUCAUGAUCGCUCAAAUUCCUGUGAAAGUGUCAGUGAGAAAAAGAAGCGAAAGUUGGACAAUUAUGUAGGAUCCAAUGAAAGAGAGAGUUCCUCAUCCUCUGAAGAGAGUGAACCUGAGGAAGGAGAAAUUACUGAUUCUGAGAAUGCGAAGACAUCCAGUGAUGAAGAUAUGGCAAGUGGAGAUAAUGAGACAAUAGACAGCUCUGAGACUGAAGAAACUGACAAAAUCUGGCCUCCUUGUAUUAGAGUAAUUGUUGUCCGCUCACCCGUACUGGAGAUAGGAUCUCUGUUCAUCAUCACGGCUGUGAAAACUGCAACCAUUGGAAGGGAGAAGGAUAUGGGUCAUACCAUCAGGAUUCCAGAGAUCGGUGUCAGUAAAUUUCAUGCAGAAGUAUACUUUGAUUCUAAUCUGCAAAGCUAUGUUCUUGUUGAUCAAGGCAGUCAGAAUGGCACAGUUAUUAAUGGCAAUCAAAUUCUUCAGCCUAAAGAAGUCUGUGAGCCGUAUGUGCUGCAGCAUGGCGAUGAAGUGAAGUUUGGGGAGACUGUUCUUUCUUUUCAUGUUCAUCCUGGCAGUGAAACAUGUAAUGGUUGUGAGCCUGGGCAAGUCAGAGCUCAUCUCCGUCUUAACAAAAAAGAUUGUUCUGCAGGUCCUAUAUUAAGCAAAGAAGACAAGGAACAGCUAAGAAAACAAGGGCUUAAACAAAUCAAAGUGAAAUAUGGUUUACAGAGUGCUGAUCAUGAAGACCACAAAGUCUUGAUGAAUCCAAAAUACAAAGACAGAGCGGGAAGAAGGCGGAAAGAAGUUGGCAGCGAGGGCACAUUCCAACGUGAUGACGUACCUGCAUCUGUUCAUGUUGAAAUAAAUGACAGCAAUAAAGGUAGACAAAUGCUUGAGAAGAUGGGAUGGAAAAAAGGAGAAGGUCUUGGCAAAGGCAACGGUGGAAUGAGGGAUCCGAUAAAACUUAAUCUUCGAAAAAAGAAGGCUGGGCUUGGAUUGUGUAAUACUUCCUGCAUUGAAGAUGUGCAGAUUAAGACACAAACGAAGAAGAACUGGGAGAAAGCCAGGGAGCGAUAUGCUGAGAAUUUCCCAGAUGCCAAAAUAAUGGCCGAUACAAAGAACCCCACGUCUUGGGUUAAAGGAGCUGCAGAAUGACAUUUUGUUUCUAAAAGUCCAAUGGAAGGCAUGAAUUCAAAUAACUGUAUAAGCUCUGGUUUUGUACAUGAGAAAUAUUUGUAAUUUUUUUUUUAUUAUUUGUAAAGACAGUCUUUAGUUUUCUCAUUUACUGAAUAUGAAGCAGUAGAUGAUUCAUAACGUAUGUGUUAAGUUCUGGAUGGAGAGAAGCUGAAACAUCAAGCUGUUGAACAAAAGACAUCUCGUAUUCCUGCUUACUUACCUCUUUCUCAAUUCUGACCGUUUUUCUACGAGUUCCGCCUUUUCAAUUCCUCUCCCUGCUGAAUGGACUCUCCUUAGCUCACAUACACAGCUCUGACCCUUCUGUUUCAUUAAUUUGCCUGCAAGGGACAGAGGCAGACACUGCUGUGAGAUACAGAAUCACAGAGCAUAGAAUUAUGUACCCAGGUCAUAUAGAUGCCCUGUAGUGAGAAUUAAACUGCUGGCACACUCCAUGAGUUUACCCUACCCACAGGAUGCACCUCCUGCUUCCUAAACUUACCAGAUCACAAACUUCUCCAAUUACAUUCAGAACCUCCAUAACACUUAAUGGCAUAAUGUUGAUCAUGUAAAUUAGGGGUGUCCAGUUGGCAUCAAACAUACCAGGUAUUAAGAAACUUCCUUAUUAAACACGUCAAUCAAUAAGGGCUAGUACGUUUAUUUUAAGAAUUAAUAAGAUGUUUGUCUGAGCAUUUUUGUGACAGUAGGUGGUUGUCACUAGUGUAAAGGUCAAACUAUUGUACAUCAAUUAGAUAUUGUCUUAAAGGGACAUUAAAGUAAAAAAUGGCAUGCUCUAAUCUUUUUAAAUUUUAAAGCUAUCAACAUUGCAGUACUGUGUUUAACCCCUGCAAUGGGGUUAAACACACAGAAGAAAUACCGCUCGAGACUCGCGGUGCACUGCUGGAGCGCAUCUGAGUUGUGCAACUAGAUCAGCAGUGAGUUUCGCUCUGGACCAGCAGCGCACAGUAAGUCACAAGAGAUAUUUCUACUGUGUCUUUAACCUGGUUGCAGGGGUUAAACAGUGCUACAGGGUUAAUAGUGUUAAAAUAACACGCUGAGACGGAUUAGAGCAUGUCAUUUUUCUAGUAUAAUGGCCCUAUAAUAGAUAAUACAGUGUGGAAUGUAGACUACGGAAGGGUGAAAAUGUACCUGAAAGCCACCAUUAACUGCUAAGAAAUAAAUAAUGGUCGCAUAAAAAAAAGAAGUGGGAAGUAGCCUUCAUGAGGGACUGAGAGGUUCAUGUCUGACAAUAUUUGUCUUCAACCAAAUAAGCUUUUUACCACCUAGUUGUUGUAAUGUUGGACGGCCUAUUCCCUUCUUGCUUCCCCAUCUUCCUCUAUGUUCUUUUGCUGACUCUUAUUACCUUUUCUUCUCUUGUCUCAUUUUUUUCAAAUAAAUGUUGAGGGGAUUGUGCGGGAAUAGGAUUGAGCUCCUGUUUAACCCUUUAAGGACAUAGCUUUCAGUUUGCUCAAUUGUUUUAUGACGGAAAAAUUCUGUCAUAUGUCCUUAAGAGGUUAAUUGCUCAUUUGAAGUUUCUGCCUUUCUCCAAUUAUUGACUCAAUAUAAAAGGGCAUAAAAAUGAAUUGGCACAUGUAAUUUUAACACUAGAGACACCCCAACUCAAAUUAUAGUACAAUUUAGAAGCCACAGAGUACUGCUGGUCUUGGGCGGGAACUUCUGGUCAUCCAAUCAGCAGUGAUAGUCACACAGCUGGGUUGUGCUGAUUGUGUUAGCUACAGUUUUAACUCAGGACCAGUAGUGUGCUGUGGCUCCAUAGUGGUACUUUAACUGUGUCUUUAACCCCUUUGCAGGGAAUAAACUUAUAGAGUUGGGGCGUUGCUAGUAUUAAAAUUGCACACAAUAACAAAUUAGAGCAUGUAAUUUUUUUCUUUACUGUGGUAUUUUAACCCUUUAAUUAUCUGAUCUUUUGCUUUAUGUGCUGUAACAUAGAACCUGAGGAAAAUA